AUGGCUACCCUUAUGACAACAGGUUUUUUGGCCACAAUAAGCAAGGGCUCAGCAGUAACUGCUGGUUACUAUGAAGACAAGUAUAUCAAUGAAUUGAUAGAUCCUACUAAGCGCAGUAAGAGGAAUCCCCUAGUUAAUCGAAUGUAUUAUGCUAGAGUUUGGAUCAUGAGAUUUGUCAUAAAAAAUUUUUUUGAAAGUCUAAAUGGAGUGGAUGUUCAAAUCGUUAAUUUGGGAGGAGGGUUCGACACUUUAUACUAUUACAUCAGAGAUAAUUUUGACAAAUUUGUCUAUUUUGACAUUGAUUUUCCCGAGCAGCUAGUUGCUAAAUCGCAUAUAAUACUAAAUAAUGACAAGCUAUCUAUUAAAAAUAGUUACAUUAAAGAUUAUUCUGAGAAACUGAUUGAAUCAGAUAACUUUAAAAUGAUUCCAGUCAAUUUAAAAGACAUAAAACAACUAGAAGGACAACUAAUGCUUAGUGGAUUCGACAGAGAAAAACCAACAUUAUUUAUAUCUGAAUGUGUUUUAUGUUACCUAGAGCCUAAUGAUGCAGAUCGAGUUAUUAAAUUUUGCAACGAAUUUACUACAAAUACAAGCUGUAUAGUUGUAUUUGAACAGAUUGAGCCUAAUGACCCUUUUGGCCAGAAACUUGUGGAAUCCUUUCAGAAAUGGGGAUGCCCAGUAUAUAUUGACAAGUAUCCAACUAUAAAUCAUCACAAAAAAAGAUACUUUGAUUUGGGCUGGAACAACCAUUUGAUAUAUUGCUUUAGAGACGUAUAUGAAUAUAUAAUUGACACAGAUGAUAAGAGGAGAAUAGAAAAAAUUGAAAUAUUUGACGAGCUAGAAGAGUGGUGUUUAGCUAUCGCCCACUAUAUCUUUUCAUUUGCAUACAAAGAAUCCUCAUACAAACUGGAAACUCUAGUCAAAUCCUUGAAGUUUGAACGAAAAUCUUGUGUAGGGUUCACAACUGAAGAAAUAAGAAAGUUGAUUGCUGAAAAGAAAAUCCACUCGCAGCUUGGCUCUCAGGCAUUUAUUAUAGACUAA